AUUGUUUCUGCAGCGAGAUACGUCGGAGUCCUGUUCUUGGUCUCCUCAGUCAACCCUAUGAUUUCCCAGCAAGGGGAGGGGAGAAAGGUAUAAGAAUGACUUGGAAUCCACUUGAACUCACCUCCUCCUCAUCAGCAAGCAUCCUCAUCUUCAAAGCUCAAUCUCCGUGAUCUUCACUCUUCUCUCGGUCCAAGUUCGACCACCAAUCCUCACAUCAUCAUAAUGAGAACCUCUACUCUUCUGACCGCUGGCUUGUUGGCCACCGCUGCCUUGGCCGCUCCCCUCACCGAGAAGCGCCAGGCUGAGAAGGCCGCUCGUGCCGCCAGACGAGGUGCCACGAACCGCAAGAGCAACCCCCCUCUCAAGCCAGGCACCAGCGAGGCUAUCAACCUGACCGGCGAGAAGAACGCUCAGUACUCAUCGAACUGGGCUGGUGCCGUCCUUAUCGGCACCGGCUACACCGCCGUCACCGCCGAGUUCACCAUCCCGACCCCCUCCGUCCCCUCUGGAGGCUCCAGCCGCGAGCAGUACUGUGCUUCCGCCUGGGUUGGUAUUGACGGCGACACCUGUGGCACCGCCAUCCUGCAGACUGGUCUCGACUUCUGUGUCGAGGGCAGCUCCGUCAGCUAUGACGCCUGGUACGAGUGGUACCCCGACUAUGCCUACGACUUCAGCGGCAUCAGCUUCUCUGCCGGCGACGUCGUCAAGGUUACGGUUGAUGCCAGCAGCAAAACGGCCGGUACGGCCACCGUCGAGAACGUCACCAAGGGCAAGACCGUCACCCACACCUUCAGCGGUGGUGUCGACGGCGACCUCUGCGAGUACAACGCCGAGUGGAUCGUCGAGGACUUCGAGCAGAACUCCUCCCUCGUUCCCUUCGCCAACUUCGGCACUGUCACCUUUUCCAACGCGUAUGCCACCAAGAGCGGCUCCACCGUGGGCCCCUCCGGCGCCACCAUUAUCGAUAUCGAGCAGAACAACAAUGUUCUCACCUCUGUCUCCACUUCCAGCAGCGAGGUCGUCGUCAGCUACGUUUAG